AUGCCUAUGUCCAAGCUAACCUUCGUCAACCCUACAAAGCGCGGCCCCUCUGCGCAAGCCACAGGGAAGAUGACGCCGUCCACCAUCAUACUACUCGUGUUUGGAUUUAUCUUCGAGCUUUGGAUUGUGUUCGCACUUGUGUAUGCACUUUUUACCAGGAAGAGUGGACGCCCAUACUUGGCUCGGGUUAAGAAUGCUCUCAUGUUUCAGCUGCGCUGA